CCGCUUGCGAUAGCAGCGACUUAUACUUUUAUCAACAUGGCUGGCAACGGAGACGGUGAACGCCUCUUCUUAGGCUUUGACUUCAGCACUCAGCAAAUAAAAGUUCUGGCAGUGACUGACCAGUUGAAAGUUUUUUACGAAGAUCAUGUCCAGUUUGAUGUUGAUUUGCCCUCGUAUAAAACUCAGGGUGGUGUUCACAUUCAUGAUGACCACAAAACGGUCACUGCUCCAACCCUUAUGUGGGUUGACGCCCUUGACCUACUUCUGGGACGAAUGAAAAGCGCGUCAUUUCCAUUCCAUAGAGUGGCAGCAUUAUCUGGUGAUGGGCAGCAACAUGGAAGUGUCUAUUGGGGACAGAAUGCCAGAGAGGUUCUGAAGAGUCUCUCGCCAGAAAAACCUCUGGCAGAUCAACUGAAGAACUGUUUCAGCAUCGAUGCCUCUCCGGUGUGGAUGGAUGCAAGCACCUCAUCGCAGUGCAGACAGCUGGAGCAGAGCGUUGGAGGGCCUCAGAAACUGUCUGCCAUCACCGGGUCUAGAGCGUUUGAGAGGUUCACAGGGAAUCAGAUCAUGAAAGUUUUCCAAACAAACAGAGAAGCCUACGACAACACAAAGAGAAUAUCGCUGGUGAGCAGUUUCGCAGCCAGCCUAUUUUUGGGUGACUACGCCCCCAUUGACCACAGCGACGGGACAGGCAUGAAUCUGCUGGACAUCUGGUCCAGGGAUUGGUCACCUGACUGCCUACAGGCUUGUGGCCUUGACCUUGGUGCAAAGUUGGGGCCGGUCGUUCAUUCAACACAGAACAUUGGCACUGUUUCCCAAUACAUGGUGUCUAGAUACGGCUUUCUUCCCAACUGUGUCGUUGCUGCAUUUGUUGGAGACAACCCAGCAUCGUUGGCUGGUCUCGCCCCAGAACCCGGUGAUGUCAUCGUGAGUCUAGGCACCAGUGACACAGUGUUUGUCUGGCUGUCUCAUCCCACACCAGGCCUGGAGGGACACGUCUUUCUCAACCCGAUAGACAAACAGGAUUACAUGUCUUUGACCUGUUUCAAGAACGGAUCUUUGACACGAGAAAGGAUCCGGGAUGAGAAGGCUGGGGGGUCAUGGGACACCUUCAGUGAAAUGCUGAGGAAGACGCCAUCUGGUAACCAUGGCAACAUUGGGAUCUAUUUCGACGUGACAGAGAUCCAACCAUUUGCCGAAGGUUGUUUUCGAUUUGACGACAAAGGGAACAAGGUAGAAAGUUUCCUCCCAGAAGUAGAGGUGCGUGCUGUGAUAGAGAGUCAGUUUAUGGCACGCAGGGUCUACGCUGAGGCUGUCGGACUACAGUUGGGCCCCAAGACCCGCGUGAUUGCUACUGGUGGUGCGUCUCAGAACCAGGCCAUUUUACAGGUUUUAUCGGACGUAUUCAACAGUCCUGUGUACAUCAAAGACGUGCCUAAUUCUGCCUGCCUUGGGAAUGCCGCCAGAGCCAAACAUACAUUAUUAGGUCCUAAUGUGCCUUUCUCUUCGGUGGUGGAGGGCAUGCAGGCACCUCAACUUGUGGCUUCACCGCAGGGAGAUUCUGAGGGGUAUACCCGUCUUGUGAAAAGAUACCAAGAACUGGAGAAAAUGGUGGCCGGGAGCCAGUGAGAAAAAAAAAAGGACACUGUUGGUGAACACUUUGAGUAUUGUGUUUCUUAUAAAUUGAUAUCGUUACCAGAAUUCCACUCUCCAUUGUUGCUUUGUUGAUGGAAUGGUUUUGAGAAAGUCGCUUUCAUGAAGGAGCUUUGAUUAAUAAAUGGUUGAGAUAGAAUUGUUUUGACGAAGACUUUGCUUACUUAAUGUGUAUGUUUUUACAACCAGAAAUUGUAUCAAUUGUUUAUUUUAAUACUGCCACAAGCUUUACAAAUCAAAAUGUUUUUGAGAAAUUGUCUUUCUGGACCAGAUUAUUUGUGGGUGUUAUCAGUUCAGUCUGUCUAUGUCAGUGCUUCUCAAACUUUUUACAGCCAGUGCCUGGAGAGUGCAGCGGUUUGGUACUUUUGCUGUUACAUACAGGAGACUCGAGUUCGAUUCCCAAGUGGGAAGAAAAUUUUAGUGAGUAUUUCAGCAUCUGGGUCUUUCUGCUGGGAUGUUGUAUCCCUCUCAGUCUGGGUUGGCCCUGACAGUAGGUAGGGUUGGAGGCCUGUCUCCUAAAUGAUCUAAAUUUUGUCGAUGGGGGCGUUAAAAACACUUACAUUAAAAAAUGUUGUUAAAAAGAAAGUAUAAUGGUACAGGUGUUUCUUCUAGUCCAGGAAUACAAUCUAAUUUGUUUUUUUUCUUGAUGUUUGAAUUACGAUGGUGCUCUUAUUUGUGAUUGACUAUCCAAAGUUUAUUUACAAUUUUGCAAUUCCAGUCAUGUUUACAGAUUUCUGCUUUAUUGUUGACUUCCUGCUUGUUCACAUACAUGGUACAUCGGACUGAAGUUCAAGGGAUAUUACUCUUACUGCAGGCUGGCCAACUUUUCCAAAUUCCAGUUUGGACACCCACCGUUAUAAAUUUUAUAACAUCCGAUUACAAGCACGGCAACAAAACAAAAUUAUAUGGAGUGGAACUGGUUUUGAUGCUCUGUAUGCUUCCCAAGAUGUUGAGUUUGUUUCAGAAUGCUUUCAGGUCUGCUGGGAUUAAUAUACCGGUAGUUGUAAAGCACGUAAGGCUUGGUGUUGAGGGGGAAUUUGCGCUAAUACUAAUGAUGUUUAUUAUUAGUGUCGAAGUGCUGAUUCUGGGACAGUACCCGAAAAUUUCGGACUAUUGGCAAGCCUGUUACUGUUACUGCUGUGUCGCUUUGUCACUUGGCGAUUUUGAAAACGCCCCUUGAGAUCUGUUGGUGAUAGUGAAAAAUUGUUUUGCAGUUUUUAUCCAUGAUGUUUAUAUUGUGUACCAGUACUUAAUAAAGUCGUUUUAAUUCAUAUAUUGUUUGCAAACUGUUCGAAUAUGCUAAGCGCAGACUGCACAAUUUUCACGAGAGAGAAAAACUAGUUUCAUACUUUUAACAAAAUUUGUAUCUGUAUUGGGCAUUUUUUCUUUUUUCUUUCUUUUUCAAACAAUGAGAAUUUGAAUUACGACAAAAUAUUUAUUGAGCACAUGCAACCGAUACCACAGAUUAAAAAAUGGAAUUUAAAAUUUUCGCUUUGUUGGGCUUAGUAUUAUUAUUACAUCUCUGAACUGCUGGCCGACAAUAUGUAAUUGAUUUUAAUUAUUCAAGUGCAUUAGUAUUUACUUUACUUUAUUCAAUGCAUUUAUUAUUUCGUUCCUUGAGGAGCCCGGUACAUACAUAUACUAGUAUUUUUUCUCAGAAAGCAACAUUUUUCAGGAGAGAAAAGGAAACUUUCAUUUUUUGAGUGAUUGUACCUACUGUAUGCACAUGUAUCAUAUCUUAUUAUUAUAAUAUUAAUAUUAUUUCCCAAGUUUACAAUAAAGUUCCUACAGCAUUCCCAUGGUGCAAACUUAUACACCACAUACCAGAUA